CUGCUCCGCCGCUUCCUCCGCCGCCGCCGUCGUCGCCGUCGCCGUCGCCGUCGCCUCAGCCUCGCCUGCCGCCGGGGUUUGUAUGAAAACACCGGGCGGUGGGCGGCGCGGAAUCCGCUGUGCCUCCAGAAAGCAGCCGGUGGCGCUGCCGUCGCCGCGUCGGGUGCUGCGGCUCUGCCCAGUCCCUGCCAGCGCCCCGUCCUGACCCGAUUAUCUGCAAUGAUGAAAUGAAGUAAGUCAAGAUGAGCAAGUUAAAAGUGAUAUCAGAAAAAAGCCUUACCAAUAAUUCUCGGAUUGUGGGACUCCUGGCUCAGCUGGAGAAGAUCAAUACUGAAUCUACAGAAUCAGAUACUGCUAGAUAUGUUACAUCAAAAAUUCUUCAUCUGGCUCAAAGUCAAGAAAAGACAAGAAGAGAAAUGACAGCCAAAGGUUCUACAGGAAUGGAAGUUCUACUAUCAACUCUAGAGAACACGAAAGAUCUUCAAACUACACUUAAUAUCUUAAGCAUUCUUGUUGAGCUGGUGUCAGCUGGUGGAGGUCGAAGAGCGAGUUUCUUGGUUGCUAAAGGUGGUUCACAAAUAUUGUUGCAGUUACUUAUGAAUGCCAGUAAAGAAUCUCCCCUGAAUGAGGAGUUGAUGGUGCAAAUUCAUUCUAUUCUUGCAAAGAUUGGACCUAAAGACAAAAAAUUUGGAGUGAAAGCUAGAAUUAAUGGAGCUCUGAAUAUAACCCUGAAUUUGGUCAAACAGAAUUUGCAGAAUCCUCGCUUGGUUUUACCUUGUCUUCAGCUUUUACGAGUAUAUUCUGCCAACUCUGUGAAUUCAGUAUCCUUAGGGAAAAAUGGAGUUGUGGAGCUGCUGUUUAAAAUCAUUGGACCAUUUAGUAAGAAGAAUUCGGGUCUCAUGAAGGUUGCUUUAGACACUCUUGCUGCAUUGCUAAAAUCAAAAACAAAUGCCAGAAGAGCUGUAGACAGAGGAUAUGUCCAAGUCCUUUUAACAAUUUAUGUAGAUUGGCACCGCCAUGAUAACCGACACAGAAACAUGCUCAUUCGAAAAGGAAUUUUACAGAGUUUAAAAAGUGUUACAAACAUCAAGUUGGGAAGAAAAGCAUUUAUAGAUGCCAAUGGAAUGAAAAUUCUGUAUAAUACUUCACAAGAAUGUUUGGCAGUCAGGACCCUUGAUCCUCUUGUCAACACCUCCAGUCUGAUCAUGAGGAAGUGUUUUCCUAAAAAUCGCCUGCCACUCCCAACGAUUAAAAGUUCUUUCCAUUUCCAGUUGCCAGUUAUUCCUGUGACGGGGCCUGUGGCCCAGCUCUACAGUUUACCCCCUGAAGUGGAUGACGUAGUAGAUGAAAGUGAUGACAACGACGAUAUUGACUUAGAAGCCGAAAACGAAACUGAAAAUGAAGAUGACGUAGAUCAGAAUUUUAAGAAUGAUGAUAUUGAAACGGAUAUUAACAAACUAAAACCUCAGCAGGAGCCUGGACGAACGAUAGAAGAACUUAAAAUGUAUGAACACCUUUUCCCUGAGCUUGUUGAUGAUUUUCAGGACUAUGAUUUAAUCUCCAAAGAACCAAAGCCAUUUGUAUUUGAGGGAAAAGUACGCGGGCCUAUUGUUGUUCCUACUGCGGGAGAGGAAGCAUCAGGCAAUCCAGGCAAUUUAAGAAAAGGAAUUGUAAGGACGAAUGUGUCUCCUAAAGCAGAUGAAAGUGAUAAGAAACCUACCUGUGUGGAUCUGGCAAAAGAAGAUAUUAAAGAUAAUGACAGAACAUCACAACAGCAGCUAGGUGAUCAGAACAGAACUAUAUCUUCAGCCCAGGGCUUAAACAAUGAUAUUGUAAAGGCCUUGGACCGAAUUACUUUGCAGAAUAUCCCUCCUCAGACAGCCCCAGGUUUUACUGCAGGAGCGAAGAAGGACUACAGUCUCCCUCUUACUGUCCUCACGUGCACUAAAGCUUGUCCACACAUGGCCACUUGUGGAAAUGUUCUGUUUGAGGGCAGAACAGUUCAGCUAGGGAAGCUUUGUUGUACUGGAGUUGAAACUGAGGAUGAUGAAGAUACAGAGUCUACUUCAUCAGUGGAACAAGCAUCAGUAGAAGUCUCUGAUGGACCCACACUCCACGACUCAGAUCUCUAUAUUGAGAUUGUGAAAAAUACAAAGUCUGUCCCAGAAUAUUCAGAGGUGGCUUAUCCUGAUUAUUUUGGUCACAUUCCACCCCCAUUCAAAGAGCCUAUUUUAGAAAGACCUUAUGGUGUACAAAGGACAAAAAUUGCUCAAGAUAUUGAGAGGCUAAUACAUCAGAGUGAUAUCAUAGAUCGAGUGGUGUAUGACUUAGAUAACCCAAAUUACGCCAUUCCAGAAGAAGGAGAUAUUUUGAAGUUUAACUCCAAAUUCGAAUCUGGGAAUCUGCGCAAAGUAAUUCAAAUUAGAAAAAAUGAAUAUGAUCUUAUUUUGAACUCAGAUAUAAAUAGCAAUCAUUAUCACCAGUGGUUUUACUUUGAGGUCAGCGGAAUGCGACCGGGUGUUGCUUACCGGUUUAACAUCAUUAACUGUGAAAAGUCCAACAGUCAAUUUAAUUAUGGUAUGCAACCCCUCAUGUAUUCGGUUCAGGAAGCAUUAAAUGCCAGACCAUGGUGGAUUCGUGUGGGAACUGACAUUUGUUACUAUAAAAAUCACUUCUCAAGAAGUUCAGUUGCUGCAGGUGGGCAAAAAGGAAAAUCGUACUAUACAAUUACAUUCACUGUCAAUUUUCCCCAUAAAGAUGAUGUUUGCUACUUUGCUUAUCAUUAUCCAUACACAUAUUCAACUUUACAGAUGCAUCUUCAAAAAUUGGAAUCAGCACACAAUCCUCAGCAAAUCUAUUUUCGAAAAGAUGUGUUAUGUGAAACCCUGUCUGGAAACACCUGUCCGUUGGUGACUAUAACCGCAAUGCCAGAGUCUAAUUAUUAUGAACAUAUCUGUCAAUUCAGAAACCGCCCUUAUGUUUUCUUAUCUGCUCGGGUACAUCCUGGAGAAACUAAUGCGAGUUGGGUAAUGAAGGGAACGUUGGAGUACCUCAUGAGUAAUAAUCCGACAGCCCAGAGCUUACGAGAAUCCUAUAUUUUUAAAAUUGUCCCUAUGCUAAAUCCAGAUGGUGUCAUCAAUGGAAAUCACCGCUGUUCUUUAAGUGGAGAGGAUUUGAAUAGACAAUGGCAAAGUCCAAAUCCAGAUUUACAUCCUACAAUUUACCAUGCUAAGGGGCUGCUACAAUACCUGGCUGCUGUGAAACAUUUACCACUGGUUUAUUGUGAUUAUCAUGGCCAUUCCCGAAAGAAGAAUGUAUUUAUGUAUGGCUGCAGCAUCAAAGAGACAGUAUGGCAUACCAACGAUAAUGCCACUUCAUGUGAUGUUGUGGAAGAUGGAGGAUACAGGACUUUACCUAAGAUACUGAGCCAUAUUGCCCCAGCAUUUUGCAUGAGCAGCUGUAGCUUUGUAGUAGAAAAAUCUAAGGAAUCCACAGCACGUGUUGUAGUUUGGAGGGAGAUAGGAGUACAAAGAAGCUAUACCAUGGAAAGUACUUUAUGUGGCUGCGAUCAGGGAAAAUAUAAGGGUUUACAGAUUGGUACCCGAGAGUUGGAAGAAAUGGGAGCAAAAUUUUGUGUCGGUCUGUUGCGUUUGAAAAGACUAACAUCCCCAUUGGAAUAUAAUCUGCCUUCCGGCCUGCUUGACUUUGAAAAUGACUUGAUUGAAUCAAACUGCAAAGUAACUAGGAAACUUGGCAGCUCUGAACUCCAAAUUUUGCCUCCAAUCCUUUGAAAUUGCUGAAAGCUCUGAUGACUUCUCUGCCUCUUAGCAGCUGCCCUUGCCUGGCCUUGGGUUCCUCUGGACUUUGCCCCAUGCACCUUUUCUCUUGGUUGAUUUUGCUUUGUAUCCUUUCACUGUAAUAUACAUCAUAGCUGUUAAUACAACUGUGUGCUGAAUCCUGUACAUCUUGCUAGUGCAUCAUUAAACCAGGGGUGGCCCUGGGAUCCCAAACAUGCACACGCAUUUUGAGUUUCUGUUAAGUUCCAUUAUCUCUGAGAUUUUCAUGUUCUAUUGAGAAUGAUCAGAGAUAGAUGAUACUGAAGGCUGAAAGAUGAAUUGACCCAAGGUCUUCUAUCUGGUAAUUCCCAACAGAACCAGGAAUUGUGUCCAGAUUGACUCCAGAAUUCCCCUGUAGUUUUGCUGUAUCAUGUAUCUUCCAAGUGAUGAAGCAAAAUUACCACUGAGGAUUGAUUUCAGCUUUUGAGGCUGUCCAGCAUUAUUGGGAAACUUAACUAUUUAGCCUUUUCAUUAUGUAUAAGGAAUGUUUUUAGAUCAAUAGUAAAAUAAAGUCAGAGUUUAGUGACUUUUUUGAAGGCAGGUUAGUUAUAUUUUUGAUCCAAAAAAGUAUCAGUAAAUUAAUAACUUUCUUUCCUUUUUUAACCUCCAAUAGAAAUCCUCUUGUUAGAGAUUCUGUACUCUGUUUGUGGGUAUGUACGUGUAUAGGAAUGUGCAAAUACUUACGUAUACACUGUGGACAAUUAAGACUGACAAAAAUCAUUACUUGUAUUUUCUAUAGAUAAUUUUGUUUGCUUUGAUAUUUAGUAGGUAUGACAUCUCUUAUGAACUGGGAAUCAAAUUAUAUAAAUAAAACAUUUUAAAAUAUUUAGGCAGAUAGAGAUUUUUCUUUCACUUGAGACCUGAUAUUUCAAUAUAAAAAAGACAUAAUCAGCAAGUCACAAAUUGCUGCUUAUUUGAGCAAUGGAAUUUUUUUGUUUGUGUAUCAAUUUCAGAAUUUCUCCCUCAGGAUAUCUUUAUUGUGCUGUCUGAAAACAGGUAGGUUAAGCCUCAAAAUUGUUGAAGAGUACAAGAUUAAAGGAUGGUUCUGAGUUACAAAAGUAAGGCCGUAUUUUUAGUCCUGUUAGCUUGGGGCAGCCCAUUGCAUAUUUUUUUAUUAUUAUUAUUUAAAAAAAAUUUAUUGGAGUUCAGUUUGCCAACAUAUAGCAUAACACACCCAGUGCUCAUCCCACCAAGUGCCCCCUUCAUUGCCCAUCACCCAGUCACCCCAAUCCCCCAUUGCGUAUUUUUAGCCCUGUUAGCUUGGGGGCAGCAGCCCAUUGCCUGGCCUCUUUAGGAAUUGACAAAGAUUAACAUUUUUCUUUAACAAGGUAGGUUUUAUUAAUUUCAUAGUAGUAUUUUAUAUUGAUACAGCUUAAGAAUUUACAAAUGCUUUCACUUACUACCUAAAUGGAGCCAAACAACUUGUGAGGUAAUGAAGCUGACAUGGUUAUCUUUCCUUUAAACUUGAGAAAAGCUGGUGUUUGGAGAAAGUGGGUGACUUGCUCAAGAUCAUGCAGCUGGCUAGUGGGAGAGGAGAGGCACAGACACAAUUUCUGACUCCGUAUGCAGUGUUUUGCUUUUUUCAUGCUUGUGGAGGUGACAGAGCUGAAGGUCUUACACCCUGGUGUCUCGGGCAUCAAGUCAGCGCUGUCGCAGGUAGUCGGGCAUACACUGAGGGAGACAGUGGACUUCGUAGGUUUAAUUUUGCGUCGCUUACUAGUUUAACAAAAUGAUAGCCAGAUCACUUUCUGAAUCUGCGUGAAGCAGAGUUUUUUGUCAUCUUUAGAAAAUCAGUUGGAAUUUUAAACCUUUUCUGUAUCAUAAUGACUCCAUACAGCAGAGAAUUUCAACAAAUUCAUCCUGUGAGGAAGCGGUUUGGGCAAAGGUUUUGAUAUUUUUCCUGAAGCAGCCUGAGGACUAAAAUGCUAUUCUCGUUUAGAAUAAAAUGUUUCUUAGUGAUUAAAACCCAUAAGAGAAGGAUGUGAGGGCAGGUAUACAUAGGCUAGCUGUUGGAGAAUGAAGCAAACACAGGGCAGCAGGAGUAAACUUCUAUGAAGAAAAUUAGGGGGGUUAGGAAGUUGUGGGAGGAAAACGAUAGUGAUAGGAAAUAAUUAAGUGCUGAUUAGAGUUUCUUUUUUUGUGAUUGAAUUAUACAUCAAAAGAAAACUUAUUUUAUAACUCUGGGGACAAAUUACCUUAAAGUCUUUCUCUUACCUGGGGGUUACUGUGAGAUAUGUAUAUGAAGGCCUUUUGUAAGUUGUACAUUGUUCAAAACAGAUGUUGGAAUUAUUAAUGAAAGUAAAGCUGAAUAGCUCUGAUUGGUCUUGUGCCUUAAGUUUUUUUUACAUUAAGUAUAACCAAUGCGUUGAGGUAAUACAAAAAUCAAUGAUCUCAUUGUCCCUGUGGCUUCUCAUAAAGAGUUCAGCAAAGUUUGUGUAGGACCUACAAUGUGUUGAGCACUCUUGGGAGAUGAUAGGAGGUACUGAUAUGGUCAGUCACAGUUCCUGACCGCAAGGUGCUUAUGAGAAGACAGACCCACAAAUAGAUGUUUCACCUGCAUGGGAGAAGUGGUCAGUCAUGAUGUGUGGGGCCUAAAGGGAAUGCAGAGAAAGAGGUCAUUUAGCCCAAGAUGGGCUUUCAUAAAGGAAGAACACCUGAAGAUGAGACUGAGCUGCAGUUUGAAGGAAAUGUUAGUCAUUGGGAGGAAAAAAGGUGGGAAAUCUGCCCUGACCAGAGGAAGCAAUGUCAGUGAAGGUUUAUGAUGUAAAAUGUGAGCCAGGAAGUAAUUCAGAGAUUGAUUGGCCAGACUCGCUUACUGAGAAAUGUGGUUUUCUGACUCACUGAAUGGAUGAUGUUGGAUGAGGAUGAGUGGAUGAGCAGAGCAGGCUCGCUGGGGAGACUGGUGAGUUGCAUUGCAAACAUGCAUUUGGGGAAUCUGAGAGAUUGCCAUGUGAGUCUGUUAGCAAGUGCUUGUGUACACAGUGGAACUUCAAGGGCAAAGUCAGGUUAGUAUUUGGAUUUGGAAGUAAUUAGUAUGUGAGCUUACUCAGAGAGAGCUUGUGUAUAAGAGUGGGCCAGGAGAGCAUUUUUCUAAGCACCUAUUUUUGAGGCAUACAAUGGAGGAUGAAGAGCAUGUAAUCAGCAGUGGGGAAGGACAGAGGGGAAUGAAGCACACCAGAAGACAGAAGUAUUGGAAUUUCCACCAGUUAAGUGCAACAACAGAGAGAUCUGGAAGCAAUGGGCUGGAGAGUGGCACCUGUAAAACCAGUCAGAAGGUUGCUUUCAGUGGAGUGAUGAGGGUUGUGAUCUUCUGUUCCCAUGGUCUCGGGAUUCCUGCAACUUUUUGGCCCUAGGCCUACUCACCACUCUUCCCUGCCCCCAAACACACACAGGUUAGCACUGCCUGCUCCUUUGUCCUUGCUGGAUGGGCUUGCUGCAUUUGAGCCAGAGAGUAGACCUUCAUGAGCUGAGGCUGAGAACAUGACUUUGAUAGGACCUGCAGAAACAGGCAUCAAAUAUCAGGGUCAGUGUGGGUGCCAGGAACGGAAUAGAGUGUGAAACCCUUCCACUCCUGGGCAUCAGGAUGGAUGAUGCCAGAACAUGGAUGAAGUUUGUGUCACAGUCAACAUGUGAAGGAGCCAAGAUCGGAAAUUGACAGGCUCAGAUUAUUUUCUGAACAUUUCUUAUUAUGAGAUUUCUUUUAAUUUCCAGGAGCUUUGCCUUCCAGGUUGUGCUUUUCGACUUAAAAAAAAAAAAAAAAAAAAAAGUGCUUAUCAGUAUC